CAUGAAGACAGUGAUUGGAGUUCUUUGCGUCAUAUUAGCGGUCCAAUGCGUAACUGCACAAUGCCCUAGCCUUAAGACCUACACUACGGAACUGAAGCCGGCUUGUGAUAUAAAUGACAUUUACAUUAAAUGGCCCAAUUAUGCGAAUCAAAGCACUUACUAUACCUGCUUUGGCGUGGGAAAUCCAGUGUUGACACCAUGUCCAAGUGGUGAUUAUUUCACUUACGUUUACCAACAAUGCACCCAAUGCAACGAGUAUAUUCCGGCGCCUGUUUGCGAAAAUCUCAAAACACAAAAUACUCCCAAUUGCGUUGCAAUUGGUACUGAUGGUUCUGGUGGUAAUAAUAGCACAACUCCAACCACAACAACUGGCUAUCCAACACCGAACUAUCCAAGUACCACCAGUUCCACCACAACAACCGCGACAACAAAGGCACCAACUACAACGACAACUGCUAGUACUAAUACUACGGCAACUACGGCCUCUACUACUACAGUGAUAACCCCACCUACUGUAGCUCCAACAAGUUCUACGACUACAAGUGCCAACACUACAUAUCCCGGACCACCAUCUCCAGUUACUUCGGCCCCGAAUGUACCUACGCCUCCAACACCAGCACCAACACCACCAGUGAUUGAUAUAACUCCACCAAGUGCAUAAGAACCAAAAAUGUUUAAAAUUCAAUAACAAAAAAUUGUU